AUGGAUUAUACAAAAUGGAGCUCCAAGGACCUCGCUCAACAAUUAACUAAUCUCGGAUUUUCGGCGUAUGCUAGAAACUUUCGAGUAAAUGAAAUUAAAGGCUGUCAUCUUCCAAAUGUCACUGAAGAUCACUUAAAAGAAAUGGGAAUUACUAAAAUAGGUCACAGAAUACUACUUCUCAAACGUAUUAGGCAAAUUGUAGAUGGUGAAACACCAAAACCUGUGAAAAUAAACGCGCAAGAUUCUAAUCCAAGUUCUAGACCUUCAUCGAAUUUGAGUUCUGCACCUCCAAUACAACAAGAACAAGAAAAUAAUAUUCCGCCACGUAUUGCACAACGUCGACAACUUCAACAAGCUCAACAAGCCGCACCUGAGCCGCAAAUGCAAAUACAACAGAAAAUGGCCCAACAACUACAACAGCUGAAUCAAGAACCAGCAAAGGAGCCUUCAUCUGGAAGGACAUCAAAGAUUCGAUAUCCAUCUUCUCACUCUUCACGAGAACAAAAGGAGACAUUUAGUUCACAAGAACCACCACCAUCAGAAUCUAGCGGUGACGGCGAAGAAAAAGUUACAUGUCAAUAUUGUGGAAGAAAACUUCCUCCUGAUGCUGCUAAGCGUCACAUUCCAGUAUGCGCAAAGAUACGUGGUAAGACAGCUAAGAAAUAA